AUGGCUGAAUUAGUGGAUCGUCCAAAAUCAGAAUUAACUGAUAUUGAAUUACAAAAAUUAGAAGAAUAUGAAUUCACACAUGGUCCAAUGUCAAUACUGCAAGACGCUGUACAAAAUGGUACCCAGGUGCUUAUAUCUUGCAGAAACAACCAUAAACUAUUGGCCAAAAUAAGAGCUUUUGAUAGACACUCCAAUCUAGUGUUGGAAAAUGUAAAAGAAUUAUGGACAGAAACACCUAGAAACUCCAAGGGGAAAAAGGGGAAACCAGUUCCAAAGGAAAGAUUUGUCAGUAAGAUGUUUUUAAGAGGUGAUUCAGUAAUUGUUGUAUUAAAAGCUGCAUAA